GCGGUGCUGAGAGCCGGGGCUCGGACGGGUCCGCGGCGGGGCUUGUGCCAACCGUUCGCCGGGCGGGCUCGCCUCGCCCGCUCCGUGCCGCUGGGGCCGGGGGCGUUCGCCAUGGCCGAGGCGGGGGCCGAGGAGGAGGAGCAGCAGCAGCAGAGAGCGGCGCCGGCAGAUAAUCUUGUUAUGGAAGGGAGCCAAUGUGUUGCCUCUGCAGUCUCCACCCUUAUGAAUCCAAUAACCAACCCUGCCUCUGCCUGUUCUUUCAACACAUUUUCAGUUGAGUUUCCAAAAAAGCGCAAAGGAAGUGAUUUUGAUAACCAGAGUGAAGAUGAAGAACAUGUAAAAAUUAAAUAUUUCAGGGAGGCUCAUAGUCAAACAGAAAAACGAAGAAGAGAUAAAAUGAAUAACUUGAUAGAAGAAUUAUCUGCUAUGAUACCUCAGUGCAAUCCUAUGGCACGUAAAUUAGACAAACUUACAGUAUUACGAAUGGCUGUGCAGCAUUUCAAGUCAUUAAAAGGUUCUACCAGUUCUUAUGCGGAAGUCCAAUAUAAGCCUUCAUUUUUACAGGAUGGUGAGCUGAGACAAUUAAUCCUUAGGGCUGCAGAUGGGUUCCUGUUUGUGGUUGGAUGUGAUAGAGGAAAAAUUCUUUUUGUCUCUGAAUCAGUCUGCAAGAUACUUAAUUAUGAUCAGGCCACCUUGAUUGGACAAAGUUUAUUUGACUACUUGCAUCCAAAAGAUGUUGCCAAAGUGAAGGAGCAACUAUCAUCUUCAGACGCUUCACCAAGAGAAAAGCUUAUAGAUGCCAAAACUGGCUUGCAAGUAUGUAUGGAUUUUCAAGCUGGAUCAGCUCGAUUGCAUUCUGGUGCUCGGCGUUCCUUCUUCUGUCGGAUAAAGUGUAAUACGAUCACAGUCAAGGAAGAAAAGAAAUGCUUGCCCAACUCAAAAAAGAAAGAGCACAAAAAGUACCGUACAAUCCAUUGUACUGGUCAUCUGAAGAGCUGGCCUCCUACCGAGGUGGGAGUGGAAGAGGAGAAAAAUGCAGAAAAAGACAGCAGUGACUUUAACUGUCUUGUUGCAGUUGGGAGAUUGCAUUCUUAUAUUGUUCCACAAAAGAGUGACGAGAUAAAGGUGAAACCAACAGAAUUUGUUACACGCUUUGCCAUGGAUGGAAAAUUUGUUUAUGUAGACCUACGUGCAACAGCAAUUUUAGGGUAUCUGCCACAAGAGCUUCUAGGAACUUCUUGUUAUGAGUACUUCCAUCAAGAUGAUCACAAUCAUCUAGCUGAUAAACACAAAGCAGUGUUGCAGAGUAAAGAAAAAAUAUUUACAAAUUCCUACAAAUUCAGAGCAAAAGAUGGAACUUUCAUUACAUUGAAGAGUCAGUGGUUUAGUUUCAUCAAUCCAUGGACCAAAGAACUGGAGUACAUUGUAUCAAUCAACACUGUAGUGUUCGGUCACAAUGAGUCUGGAGAAGAAGUAUUACUACCCUGUAGUUCCCAGUCCUCAGAAGAUACUUCAAAGCAGUCUUUUCCCAGUGUACCUGGGAUUUCCACUGGAACAAUACUUGGUGCUGGAAGCAUAGGAACUGAGAUUGCAAAUGAAGUAAUAAACUUAGAAAGGUUACAUUGUUCUCCAUCUAUUGGUGAGAUAAGUCCAUCUGAUCUUAUGAGGAAAUCUUCUCCAACUUUAACUCCAAAAUGCAGCAAUGUGCCAAAUAAAGAGUCGAUUCAGUUAUGUCCUUCAGAAAUGGAGGGCUUGGAGACCUUGGGGAAAAAUCAGGACACUGUUUCAUUCCCAAGCAAUGAACCUCUUCUCAGUAACAGUUGCCAGUUGGAUUUUGAUGCAAUGUGUGAAAAUGAUGACACUGCCAUGGCUUCACUCAUGAAUUACUUGGAAGCUGAAGGAGGCCUCGGGGAGCCAGCAGAACUCCGUGAUAUACAGUGGACUUCCUAGUGGUUCUUUUUUAUACAAAUGAGGAGAAUGUAAAAUUCUGUAACGCACAACAACCACACAUCCUCAAGUACUGUAUUGGUAAAUUUUAAGGCUUUAUUUUAAUUCCUAUUUACUAUCUGUAUAUUUGCUAAGACUUUUAUGCUUUGUUCACAAAGAAAUGGCUUGUUCUGCACAUAUGGAAAAAAUGUGAUAUUUUUUCAUGACCGAGAACCUCAAAAUUUUUUUGAUCCAUAUCUAACUAGAGUGCUUACAAGAUGUGGUUAUAUUUUUGCUAAAAAGCUUUAACCCAAAGAUACCAUACAAUGUAUAGGAAUAACUGUUAAUCUGAAUGUUUUAAUACUUUUUAAAGAAAGCUUUGAUUUGUAAUUUUCUUUUACGAAUUGGGUGGAAAAGUGUAUUAUUUAUCCACGUCAAUUCUGUAGGACUUUCUCUACUUGCGCAGCUUGAGAUACGUUUGUUUUUGUACCUCUAAGCUUUCUUUGAAAAUAUGGUUUCCACACUGCAAAAUUGUAAGAUAAAGUACAAUAGUACAAAAGGGGACACUACAUUUUAAAAUUCUUUGCCCUUUCUAAAAAUUAUGUACAAUUUUUGUAGUCAAGUAAAAACAAAAGAAAAAACAGUAGUCUUUGAGAGUUCUGGACAAACAAUGUUAAACAUUGUCCCACAGCACAAAUGUGACAGGUGGGGAAGGAGAGAAACAAAAUAGUUCUAAUACAAAGUAUUAUUUAAAUAUAUUAGUAGAGGACAGAACACACAACCAAAGUAGUAAUAUUGUAACUGUAAUAAAGCAAUUUGGUCACUGUAGUUCGGGGGGAUAUUAUUGCCUUGGAAAUAUGUUAUAGAACAGUGGAUUUCAACCUCUUUUCAUUUGCAGUUCCCUAAAAAAAUUUGAAUGAAGGGAUGGAUGGAUCCCUUUGGAAAUCUUAGACAUAGUCUACGGACCUCCAGGGGUCCACGGACAACAGGUUGAAAACCACUGUUAUAGAGCAUAGCUAUUUAAAGAGAGCGGAUAUAAAAUUAGUUAAUAUCUUACAUCUGGAGAAAAGUGAGAAUUGAGGAACUGGAGAUUUGAAAAAGUAAUAAAGUGGGAUUGAGACUAGUCAGAAGUGGUAAAGUAUGUUUGACCUUAAUGGCCUUUUCCUGCUUAAUGUCUUAUGUAAAUACAGGUUUUUCAAGCUUUGCUCACCAAUAUUAGGUGUCUAAGGUUGAGGGCUUAAACAUUGAGACAUCCAAAAUCACUAGCCACCUCUGAAAGAAUCUUGGCCUUUGUCUCUCUCUAUUAAUUGAGACUGUUGAAACUACAUUUGAGUUAUGUAACUGCACAAAAUAGUGGGAGAAGUGUGUGUGUGUGUGUGGGCAAUAGGUGGUUCGCAAGUGGCAAUAUAGGGGUAUAUUAAAUUUUGUGAAAAGGGCACUGAAUUAUAAAAUACCUUUUUAUAGUAAUUGUAUUUUGGAGAAAUCAAAAGAGUUUUGAAUUACUUAAUACUAGCUGCAAAUACUUUUUUUGUGCUACUACAGUCCUUUAAUAUAUAAUUGAUGUUAUUUCGCAUUCUCUUUCUAAUUUUUAAUCUUCUGCAAAACAUGUGACCAGUUAUGGACAGAUCACCCUUGAGUGUAGCACCCUUAAUAUGUUGUAUUAAAACAAUAUGGUGUUAGUAUCCAGAUAUGGAUGUCUACCGUACAUUGUAUGUGCAGAUAAAUGAGGUGAAUCAGUCAAGAUUAUGCCAUAUAUGUCUUCCCCCCCAAAUUCGUGAAAUGAAAGAAUAAGCAUUGAAAAUGUUGGAGAUGUGUAGACCUUUUGUUUUAGAAUAAUUUUUUACAAUUUGAAAACAUAGGUUCCAGUUUGUAAGCAGUAUGUCUUCUAAAUGUAAAAUUAUUCAUAUUUUAACGGAAGAGAUUGCGGAUGAUGUAGACAUGUGCCUAACAUUAAAGUUGAUGAUUGACACUCGGCAGACUUCCGAUGCUUCUAGAUAAGAGUGUAGAAUGGUGUAUAGAGAAUUUCCUAGGAUAUUUCAAGAAAAGAAGUACUAAGUAAUUACCCUAAAUAGCCACUAGAUGUCAAACUUCCUCUGUUUGACAAUAAUUUGACUCUGAAAGGUGGAUACUAUAUCUUCUUCUGUGAUGCAUUAACUCCUAUACUUAACUGGGACAGCUGUAUACCUUAUCGACAUUAGAGAAAAUUACUGAGAUGUCUGAAAUGUAUAUAUUUCCAACCCUGGGGACAAUAAUAUCUGAUAUAAUUUUACUGCUAGAGCUGAAUUUGGCCCUUGAUAUGGAGCAACACAGAAAAUCAGGACCUCUUUCUAAGAAUGGUGAUCAAAAUCUAUUUUUAUAAUUGUUUCUGAAAGAUGGAUUCUAAUUAUUACUUUAACUGUAGGAAAAGCUAUGAAACACAAUGGCUGUUUUCCUUAUUCUGCAUUUACUAAUUGAACAUUAAAGUAAAAAUAAAUUCUAAUUAAAUAAGUUCUAUAGGUAACCCAGAGAAUAAACAGUUUAAACCAGAUUGUUCAAAGAGAAUCCAGAUGCUCCCAUGCAAGAAUGAGAGUAUUGAUUCUUACAAGAGAUGAUAUUACCAUGUAUAAUCAAACACUGUGUUGGGAUUCCUCCCAGAUUACUCCUGGAAAACCUUUUUUUACCUUAGAGGCAAACCUAUUGUAGAACUAGUUGUGUUCUGCUAGUUUGCUGAGCCCUUUGUAAUCAGCAGCCUGUAUAGUAUAUGUGUCUGUUAGCUGCUUUAUUGAACCCUUUCUGUUUGCAAAACCAUUUGUCAAACCUGCUGAUUUCACACUAUUCUGCACUGUACAAUGUCUUUUGUAAAUAUUUAUGAUGAUGAACUGAGAGGGGAAAUUAAAAUAUAUUUUAUACAAA